CGCCAACUGACAAACUGACCCUCCACUCAGACUUCAAACUUGGACUUCCCUCCCAUCACAUCACAUCCACAGCACCACAUCACUUCCCGUCUUCCAGCUCUUCACCGCUGCUCUGCCUCCCGUGGAACUAUCAGAGCAGCGUCCUCUCUCCCUAACUAUCAUCUAUCCCAUCUUCGUCUUCAAGUCUGCAACAAACAACUCGUCGACUCUGCCCGCCAAAUUGCAAUAAACACCGCACCUGGAUAUCAUCGGGCGUCCAAAGGCCAGAGCCAAAAUGAAUAGCCUGGCCACGCCCCCCGUUCCUCCUCACUUCCAUGAACAUUCCCGUCUCUCUCCUAACAGAUCAAUGUCUGCCUCUGGUCCCUCUCGGAAACGAAAAGCCUCCCCCUCCCCCGAUCGAGAUGAUGAGAUGUCAACAUCACCUUUUCUAUCAAACGCCCGCCUUCCCACUGCCUCUACACCCAGCUCACGAAAACGGGCUCGUCCAAAUCUGGUCGGGAGACCGUUAUCGGUGGAAAGACUCCUUGAAACACUGGACAAGGAUUCUCUAACGUCUGUGCUGAAGACUCUGUGCGAGAGACACCCAAGCCUUCGAGAUGAAGUUGUACAAGUCAGCCCUCGACCCAGUAUCCAGAGCACUCUACAAGUCUUGCGUCAAUAUUAUACACGAUUGAUGGACUCUUUCCCUCUCGGACCGAAUCCUCGUUCCGACUAUUCCUACGAUCGAGUCCGCCCCCAAUGGCACGAACUGCUUGAUGCCCUCACAGACUUCACCCCUCACUUCUUACCACCAAACGAACAUCAGUCAUCGACGUCGCUGGAGUAUCUGAACGAUGUUACGCAAAUCAUCCAUGAUCUCCCGGAGUGGGACAAUCCACAGCACAAUCUCGCAAAACAAAACGCCUACGAGGAGAUCUCGAAAGCCUGGGCUAGUGUCAUCAAAGAGGCCAGCAAAAGAGGUGGAGGAUUCCAACUACAGUUCAACGGAUGGGAAGAGAAACUACGAGCGCAUAAUGAGAAGAGUGGCGGUCGGUUGAGAGAAGCAUAUGAUGAAUUGAUGCAGGCACUCGGCUGGCUCAGACAAAGUAACCAACCGUCACAACAACAAAGUAUCCGGCAACAACUAUUUUCCAACACUUACGGCAUGGAACAACCAAUGAUUCGAACCGGUAACUGGUAAAAAGAAGAACCGGAAACAGCCCAGCAGGCGGUCUCAAACAACGAAACCAGCACACAACUGCAUCAAAGUCAUGGAUACACGUUACACCAUCACGAAUUUCCUUUGUUCUGGGCGGAUGGCGGCAUGGGUGCAUAUACCUUGGGAUUAACGACUUGAAACGACCAGCGUUCGACUUCCCUGCCACUUUCGUGUUACGGCCUUUUCAUUUGUCUUCAUGGGACCGGAUGCGUAAUUCAGAACAUACAUGUCGGUCAAGGACAGUCUCUUACAUUAACACCAGCAUUCAAUCGGAGGUUGAAGGACUUUGCAUAAAGCAUUGAGAGGAAUAUAUGAUGUACAGGAUUGGUGUGGGAAUGGCAACAGAGGUUGUGGCGAGGAGGGACCCCGUUGAGUUUUUCUCCGAGCCGCAUCAACCAGCCCUCCAUCCAUACACAGGUUUGAGUGCGAUUUACCUCAACCUCUUUCUUCCUACGAUACCACCUCACAGGCAGGGGUCGGGGUUAGGCACAGGGUUCAGGAGGCAUCAUUAUCCAUCAAUUUCAUCCAGUUUGUGUAGGGAUUGAGUGAAUCGGAGUUGUACCUAAUCAGGAGAUAGACUUGAAUUGACUUGAGAUUUGUACACAAGCAGGGACACCUCGCCUUUGCCGAAUGACUGCAUACUAUGCUCUAUUAUUAUACAAUGGAUCACUAUCUUCUUUGGUGGCGUGGGGAUACCACCAGGCUUUGCUGGCUCUCCUUCGACUAUGUGUC